AUGUGUUUCAGUGACAAUUCUUUGACCUAUAUGGAGAUUUGUGGCACCAACGUGUUUGACGGCGAGCGCAAGAGUUUUGGGACAGGUGAGUGCGAUGCUCGAAAUGGUGGUGCUGUCAUUGAGGGUGAGGGUGACACCUACAAGCUUGCAGGAGCUACUCUAAAAGGAUUUGUGAAUGAAAACGUGUUUCACGUUGAACCAACGUAUCGCUUCGCAGCUUUCCAAAGCUUCCAGCGAGAAUCUUUUGCGAAAAGCGCCGUGAGAUCAGGCGAUAUACUCAAAGCAAAAGAUGGCCUGGAGUCUCCCAACAACAUGUACAGGUUCAAGGUCCAGGAGGAUGCCAACCUGGUCAUCUAUGAUGUCUAUGACAAUGUCAAGUGGGCCAGGUCAGAUGUGGCGCCGGAGGACUGUGCUGACCCCUCUACGCUGCAGCUUCGGCUUGAGAAUGGUGGAAAUUUGGUCCUGUUCUGCGGUGAUCUCAUUAAGUGGGAGAGCGGAACGGGAAUCCCAAGAGACAUAUGCCGCAUAGUUGCCAUGCAGAAUGAUGGCCAACUGGCGAUGUACAACGUUGCUGGCCAGCAGUCUGGUGUUUGGUCCAGCGGAGACUCCAUUCCAGUUGGAUUUGGACCAAGCAACUUGACCAGCCCUCACAGCUUGCAACUUGGACAGCGCCUGGUGCAAGGCUACUACGGAGGCAGUUCCUCCUUCGUGUUGUCCAUCGAAUCUGGAAGACCUGUGGUGAACAAGUGGCAAGACAAAGCAAUUUGGACUGCGCCUGCCAGCUGCGAGGCAACCGACAAUGCAGCGUACCUCCAUCUGCAAGAGGACGGCGACCUCGUUUUGUAUUGCGAUGAAGCCCACAUCAGGGUCGGAUGGGCCACCAACACUGCAGACCCCUCUCUCGAGCAGCUGAGUGGCGUGAAUGGGCUCUUCUUGAACGCAGACGGCAGCUUGGUGCUUAUCAACAAGAGAGGUCAGAUCAAAUGGACAUCAGGUUCUGGUCAAGAGUAUGAGUAUAAAUUCGAAUCAUAG